CGCUGCGCGGGUCUCGGACAGUGCGCGCCGGGACUCCAGGCGCGCGCCCUCAAGAUCCCUUGUGCCCGGAGCCCGGAAGCUUGCGGCAGGCAUCUCCUUCCACAAAUAAACGUCACCCGGGGAACUCAGACGGACACCCCUCCUUGCCCCCUGGCUCCCCCGCCCCUUGUCCGCUGGGGAGGCUGCCUAGUGCGGAGGCGGCAGUCGCGGCGGUGGAGGUAAGACCUCAGUCCCAGUUGAUGGCAUGGCCCGCUGCGCUCGCUGUUGCGGGCUCAGCCCCGGCCUCAUUUGGAGCUCCGGCGGGGGCUGCACGCUCCGGCCGAUUCCUCGACAGCGCCCGCGGCGGCAGCCGCAGGAGCCGCGGUCCGCGUUUUGGAGCGACCGCCGCUGAGCCCCCCAUCCUCGUCUGGAGCGUGCUCCAGGAAGCGGCAGGAGUGGGGGUGAGGCCGCCUCCGAGGCAGGGAUGCAGCGGCUGGCGCGCCGCUAGCGCACCGCAGCACCCUCGGCUGGCGACCCAGGAGCCCUGCGGCGCUUUAGGGCGUGGAACCAGGUUUUGCCGGAUGCAUCCUCCCAAGGGCCCUGGGGCUGCUCGAAAUGCGAUCUGUGGGUGACAGUGUCUGCGAGAGACUUUGCCACACCAUUCUGCCGGAAUUUGGAGAAAAAGAACCAGCCGCUUCCAGUCCCCUCCCCCUCCGCCACCAUUUCGGACACCCUGCACACUCUCGUUUUGGGGUACCCUGUGACUUCCAGGCAGCACGCGAGGUCCACUGGCCCCAGCUCGGGCGACCAGCUGUCUGGGACGUGUUGACUCAUCUCCCAUGACCCUGCGGUGCCUGGAGCCCUCCGGGAAUGGAGCGGACAGGACGCGGAGCCAGUGGGGGACCGCGGGGUUGCCGGAGGAACAGUCCCCCGAGGCGGCGCGUCUGGCGAAAGCCCUGCGCGAGCUCAGUCAAACAGGAUGGUACUGGGGAAGUAUGACUGUUAAUGAAGCCAAAGAGAAAUUAAAAGAGGCUCCAGAAGGAACUUUCUUGAUUAGAGAUAGUUCGCAUUCAGACUACCUACUAACUAUAUCCGUUAAGACGUCAGCUGGACCGACUAACCUGCGGAUUGAGUACCAAGAUGGGAAAUUCAGAUUGGAUUCUAUCAUAUGUGUCAAGUCCAAGCUUAAACAGUUUGACAGUGUGGUUCAUCUGAUUGACUACUAUGUCCAGAUGUGCAAGGAUAAACGGACAGGCCCAGAAGCCCCACGGAAUGGGACUGUUCACCUGUACCUGACCAAACCUCUGUAUACAUCAGCACCCACUCUGCAGCAUUUCUGUCGACUCGCCAUUAACAAAUGUACCGGUACGAUCUGGGGACUGCCUUUACCAACAAGACUAAAAGAUUACUUGGAAGAAUAUAAAUUCCAGGUAUAAGUAUUUCUCUCUCUUUUUCGUUUUUUUUUAAAAAAAAAAAAAACACAUGCCUCAUAUAGACUAUCUCCGAAUGCAGCUAUGUGAAAGAGAACCCAGAGGCCCUCCUCUGGAUAACUGCGCAGAAUUCUCUCUUAAGGACAGUUGGGCUCAGUCUAACUUAAAGGUGUGAAGAUGUAGCUAGGUAUUUUAAAGUUCCCCUUAGGUAGUUUUAGCUGAAUGAUGCUUUCUUUCCUAUGGCUGCUCAAGAUCAAAUGGCCCUUUUAAAUGAAACAAAACAAAACAAAACAAAACAAAACAAAAACAAAAUGUCCCAAGGAAAGGCAAGAGAAUAUUCCUGUCAGAAUGACUUGCCUUUGUUUUUUGGGUUCCUAUGCACUGGGUCAAAAGUCCAAGCUCCAUAGGAGAGAAAGAAAGGCUUCCAUUUCCAGGAGGACAGCUGAAGGAGGGAAAGACCCUGGCUGACCCAGGCUUCAGCUCCACUUCUAGACGCCUGGGGUUCAGUCUGUGUUAGAACCUGUUAUAGUUUGCAUCCUGAUGUAUCUAGUAGGAGUUCCGUUAAGCUGACCAUGCUUGUAUUUAUCCCUCGUCUUAUGCAACUAAUCAAAUCAACCAAAAAAAGGAAAAAAAAAAAAAAAAAAGAAACGAAAAAAGAACCAUCACCAUGAGAUCCUGUAUUUGUCUUUUUUUACUACACGUAUGACCUCCCCCGUGAGUGAGUACUGUAGUCCUCCAUCUCAAGGCAGCCUUACUUCAGACACAUUUCAAACUGGUGCAAACAGAAAAGACUUCUCUCUUUUCUUCUGAGGCUAAAGACAAGAAUGUCACGCUAUACAGGUGCAACUCAAUCCUUGAAAACAGAAACCAAUGCAGACAGAGACAUUUUACCCCUUGAUGUAGCUGUGAGUCCCAACCUAGUGCCAUUGUUUUUAUUUUUAUUUUUAUUUUUGGAAAUGGCUUUAGAACUUUCCAAGUUAUCCUUGAAUUGUCUGACCACGGACAUCAACAGCUGCCUCCCUUCUACCAUGUAGAAUCCUAUGACUUAACUUUUCUUCCAGAUAUAGAGGGGUACCUGCCUGUUUUUCAAAGUGUUUAUUUACUGCUGUUACUAUUUGAUUAGAAUGUAUCAAAUAAAAACAAACCUGACUUUUACAAGUUGCACUCAUUACUUUGAGUUGUAGGUGUACAUUUCCAUGCUAAUAAAAGGUCGCCAUAAAAACUCAUUAUCAAGUGAAAUAAACUAAGCAAUCAGCUCAGGGUAGAACAUUAACUCGCUUGCCUCCAAAUAAGGCCCACACCUGCUCUAUGUGUUUUAGAAAGCAUGGUUCACAGGCUAGGAAUCGUCAAGACAGCCUGAUCAUGUGCAGGCCGGAUGGGCACAAUCCUUGUGCAUUUCAAAAGCAAUGGUUUAGAAGCGAUAAAAGUUACGUCAGGGUCUAAACUCUAACAAGUUCCGCAGCCGCUUUCUCUUGGCCACCCAGUCUCACGACUGCUGUAGCAUGCCAUCUUCUCUAGAGUCUAGACACUAUGCCUCUUGCCGCCCUGUACAUGUUUCCUGGCCGGGCCGUAGGUUCCUGUGUGUCCAGGGUGAAAGGAGAACCUGGGGCGUCAUGUGCACGCUCUAAGUGAAUAGGAAAUUAUAAAAGUGCAGAAUAAUAGAACUGACUUACCUUGCAGGGUUUGAAGUCCCCAGUUUUACACCAGGAAGGAAACAUUAAGUUUAUCCAACCUGGAUGGAUUGCUGGGUGUGGCUUGGGAAGAGCCUGCUUCGCUCUGCUGGGUGGUGGGGCAAUACUAGGCUUCCCGCUAGGAUACUUAGAUCUCCCUUUUGCACACUGAUGAUGAUGGUUCUCUGGUAGAACGCUUGGGCUAGCAAGGGGCUUUGUGGAAUCCUUUUCAGGUCUCCCUGCUGUUCCUCAGGUAUUGGGAGUGAGGAGGCAGUCAGAAGACCCUGUGCCUGUGGAGUUAUGACAAGCUCCCGAGUGUUGCGUUCAGCGCCUGCAGGUACCUUGCUGAACUCUUAAAUGGUUCUAAGAGUUCACACGAGGAGUCUGGAUUUAAAGAAACACGAUGAACAGUUUUAUUGAAAACCAAGGCUCGGAAAUGUUAGGUGACCCGCCCCAAGUCAGCCUUUCACAAGCAGAGCCCAGGGUGCUCUGUGAGUCACCAGCCGGACAUCACAGCUCUCGAUUUCGAACAUAUUUCCUUCCCACCUCGCCACAUUCCAUCUUGACACUGAGAGACUCAAGACAUUUUUUCCAACAUAGCAUCAUCUGUGGCAAUUGCUUGGCAAUUUAAAGGGCUCCCAGGAACUGCAUGGAACAGUCUUAGGACAUGCAAUCAAACCCAUCAGACUCUGGGCAAGCUCCACCAGAAGAGAGGCUGCCUGCCCCUCGCCGAUUGCUUUAACCCAAGUUAAAACCAAGCUUGGGAUCCCAUGCUUGCUGAGAUGAUUGACGGCUGUCAUAGGAGAAACUACAUCUGGGAAAUUUCUCGCCAGGAUCUACUGAUCUCACGUCGAUGGAAUAUGGAGAACAAAUGUUGGUUUGGUUUGCCAAGCAAAAGCACAGCGAGCACCCAGCAUCCCUGUGAAUGUAACACACAUAGUUUCAGUUUGGCAUCUCUCCGCUGGAGUGUGGUACUGUUUCCUGAUGAGGUUCCGUUGGCUGCAAAAGCUUCAGUUACUUUGUGGCAUGGUGGAAGAAGAAUGCCUCACUGAAUGCCUGCACCCGGGCUUGGCUCAAACAGCUCAGGAAACCUUACCUGUUCAAGGCUCAAUUUCCAAACACUUCCUUUUCUUCCUGUUCUUCUGAACUGGAAGAUUCUUAAAAAAAAAAAAAAAAAAAAAACAACUAAAAUUGGAUUUCGGUCACUGUUGUUCCAGGACAGAUGGGAAUGUGAUAAUACUGUCCUUGCAUGGAUAGGGUGUAGGUAUAUAUGAAAGAAGGCAUGCCUCUUUAAAAAUUCAAUAUGCCAGUGAUCUGCAUUUUUAUCCUCUAGAACAACAGCAAAAGGCGUUGUCCAAUCUAAUAUUUAUAUGCUUGAAAGUUCUCAAAUGAUCACAUAUCAAAAUUAGCUAUAGUGACUAUAAUUAAAAGCAGUCUCAGCUGGGUGUGCUGGCACGGGGCUGUGAUGCCAGUUACUUGGGAAGCUGAGUCAGGAGUGUUACAAGUUGGCAAGGGUCACAAGGCUUGCCCGGGCUGCAGAGUGAGUUCAAAUCCAGGCUGGGCAGCUUAGUGAGACCAUGUCUCAAAAUAAAAAGUGUGAAAAGGGCUGGGAUGGAGCCCUGUGUUCUUACCUAGCCCGUGUGAAAUCCAAGGCUCAAUCCGAGAUAGGGAAGAAAAAGAUCAGACACAUUUUUAAAGUAAUGACGGGUACAAAGACAAAGGUGCCUGCGUUCAUCUGGGCCAAGGUGCAAGCUGUUCCCUCAUGUCUCCUUACUCACAGGACAUUGCCCUUGCACUCCUGGCCCAAGAUGGCUCUUGAUUCUUACAUUGCUCCCUUUCGCCGAGCUAUGCUCAAAUGCCAAGCAAAAGCAACUUAAGGGAAGGAGGGUUUGUCUCAUGGUUAGAGAGAACAGUCAGUGGAGUGGGGUGGGAGUGGAGGAAUCAUGCAGCAGCUUCAGUAGGAAGCAGAGGGAGGUGAACGCUGGGGUUCCACUCAUCUUCUCCUCUUUGUUCAGUCUAGGGCCAUAGUCCAGGGGUUGAUGGCAUCCACAAUUUGGGGGGUGGGGUGGGUCUUCCCCACUCAGUUGAGCCUUUCUGGGAACACCCUCAUAAACACACCCACAGGUGUUGAUUCUAAAACUCGCCCAAUUAAUGGGUUUGAUGAACAUUGACCAUUUUCCAUUUAUAACCUUUAAAUGUUGCUCACAUUGCUUUGGCCAAAAUGGGAUCGCCCAAGCCCAUCUGACCGCAAGGGAAGUUGGGAAAUGUAGUCUUUGUUCUGCACAGCCAUGUUUGACCAACUAUACAAUUAGGUUUCUAGGGCUGGAGAGAUGGCUCAGUUACGUGCCUUUGAGCCAAUGUGAAGGUGCGAGUUUGGAUGCCCAGUAAACAUGCAAAAGUUGGUUGUGACUGUAUCCCCAGCACUAUCAGGGAGGAGACGGGGAGACCUCUGAAGCUCCCUGGUCAGCUAGCUGAGCAGAAUUGGUCAGGUACAGGUUCAGUGAAAGACCUGAUCUAAAUUUUAAGGUAGAAAGCCAUUGUGGAAGGCACACAGUGCUAACCUCUGGCUUUCUAUAUGUGUGCACACAUCCACAGGAACAAGUGCAUUGCAUACAUACUCGUGCACACACAUACACACACCUUUCAACUUUAAUUCUAAUAGAAGGAGACUCCUCUGUUGUCACUUGGAGCCACUUAGACAUCUGUGGCUUCUAUUUAUUUCCCCACACUAGGAGUCAGGUACAAGUGAACCCAUUCAUCAGUCAAGAAAAAGAGAGAUCAAGUUACUUGCUGAGGGAACACAGCUAGUUCUUUGUGAGCCUUUGGGGUGUGCCUUUACUUCUGUUCCCUUUGUAUGUUGUGUGUCUAGUUUCCUGUGUGCUAGCACUGGAAUCGGGGUGGAGAUACCUCUGCUUUCUCGGGGUUGCCACAGCAGACUGGUACCUCAUUUCACCACACCACUUAAGAACAGGUGUCCAGGAAGGUGUCCCAUGACUUGCCUUUAGAGUUCAAAGCAAGCACACGUUUAAUUUUGUUCAAGGAAUUCUGUGACACUUAUUGAGCAAUGGGUAGUACAUUUGAGUGUUGCUUAAUCAAAACUGGGAACCAGGCCAAUCGACAUUCUUAGGUUUGAUUCAGAUUAUACCUGACUUGUGGUUAGGUUAGAAAACCCAUCCCCCCAGACUCUCCUUUCCUUCCUUCCUUCUUUCUUCCUUCUUAUGUCUUACCCCCUCCUUUUUUUUUCUUGCUUUUUGAUACAAAGUCCCAGAUAUCUCAGGGUGACCUUGAACUCACCAAAUAGCCAAACAUGGCCUGGAUUCUGAUCCCUUGUUCUUCAUCUCCCAAAUAUUGCUAUUCAGAUGUGUGCCACCUGCCCUCAAAAUCUUUUUAAUUAAGAAGGAAAUUCUUCCAAGUACUUGGGAGCUAGAUGCAGGAUAAUCAAGAACUCAGAGGGCUAUGUAGGGACUUUGAAGCUAGCCUUGACAAAAGAAGAGAAGAAAACCUUUAUUCAUUAUUUCUAUAAUUUUUUUCCAGAGGCCAAUGCUGACACAAAGACAAUCUCUUAAGGUGGCAGAUUUUCUAGAAAGAAUUUUAUUUUAAGGAGGAAAAGAAAAAAAAACACCAUUGAAAACAGAUGUUGUUCUUCUACGUCAUCUAACCACUGGCAUCUUCCAUGGAGCAAAAUUUGGCAGGAGGUUUUGGUUCUGGGUUCCCCAACCCCCAGAGCACAAUUUCCAACAGAUGCUAUGCACUGGAAACAAAAUUUAAAACAGGGAAACCUGGCUUGUCAAAGUUCAAAUCUGAGGUUUUCCAAGUUUGUGUUCCAGAUCCAGAGGACAUACCCAAAGAGGAAGCCAUUUGCUUGAUUCAGGCCCAGGGUCAGUUGAGCCACUCACCUUUGGCAGCAAAACCCACCAAGAUGUCAAAAAUAUUUAUAACCAAAGAUGCUAAUUUAAUGCUGCAUUAAAAAAUAAUGUUAAGAAUAAUUGUGAUGAGCAAAUGCCAUAUCUAAAUUUUUAUUCUUAAAUUUUUCAAAAGUGUAUAAAGUGAAAUAUGAUCAUAUCCCCUGCUACUUUUUCCUCCAAUUUCCUCAAAUCACCCAGCACAGCCAGAACCCAAUUUCAUGUCUUUUUUUUUUUUUCUUUUUUAAUAACCCACUUAUUGGAGGAGGGUCUCGUGCCCCGUGGUGUAUUUAGACGCUGACUUCUGUCCCUCGUGAUCUGGUUACAUUCGGGAUGAGGGCAUUGUCAUGAAUAUUGAAAAAUCUCCUGUAUCAACGUAGUGUAAAGACUGUUCCCCAACUACCUCUGAUUGGUUAAUAAAAGGUUGAACAGCCAAUGACUGGCCAGAGGAGAUUGAAAGGUUGGACUUCCGGUCCCAGCCAGGGGUCUCAGAAAAGAGCCAGGAGGAGCCCCGAGGCAGGUGAGGAGGUACAGGAGGCAGGUAGAAGAAGAGGAAGAAGAAGAAAGGAAGGAGAAGGGGGAAGGGAGGGGGAGGAGGGAGAAGAAGAAGAAAGUCAGCAUGAGGUUGGUGUGAGGUGCAGUCACUAAGGGAGUUCGACUUGAGGACUCUCCGAGGGAGAGCCCUUUCCCUUGUCUAUGCUGGAAGUUUGGCUGGCUUAAUCUUACUCACGUCUUGUGUUGGUGACUAAAGUCACCCUGCGUUCAUGAGCUCUGCUCAUGUAAAGACCAGAAGCUUGCCCUUCACAGCAUUCCUCCCCUUCUCUGGCUCUUACGUUCUUUCUGCUUAUCUUCCACAAUGCUCCCCGAGCCUUCGGGAUGGUGGUGGUUGUGAUGGGUGUGCCGAGAAAGACAUCCCAUUUAGAACUGAGCACCCAGCCCUCUAUUACCGACACUUGGACCAGCUAUGCAUUCGCACACCAACUGAUGCCUACUGCAAAAUGAAGCUUCUCCGACCACAGUUGAGAACAGCUCAGGUCUAUGGGUAAAAGUGAAAUAUUUAGGAAGCAGUUUGACAACACGACCAUAGCAAACUAACAAUAGCAGGUUCUGUCCCGUUUGAAAUGCCAAGAUUUGAAAUAAAGUAAGAGCCGUUUGUUUUU